AUGGGGGAGACUCUGCGCACUGGGGCCUUGUCGGAUUUACUGACGGACAUCGGGAAGCAGCUGAGAUUGUCCGUGGCUAGUUAUAUUGUUGAUCUCGCUAGAGAUGCAAGUGAGAUGAACGUGGACAAACCACCGAGAGCUUUUUUGUCCUCCUCCCUCUUCAUUUCUGCUAUCAAAAACCUCCGACAAAUAUCCUCUGCAGUCUGCUCUGCCCCCAAUCUCCUCCUCCUUCAACCUCCCCUCGCUCCAUCUUCUCUGCAAAAUCUCUCUCUCUCUCUAAUGUCUUCUUCUUCUCCAUCCUGCUCUCUGAACCCCACCACAGUCUCUCUUCAUCCCAAACCCCACCACCACCACGCAUCCUCCCUCACCUUCCCAGUCUCCAAACCCUCAUCUCUCUGCCUCUUCCCCAAGGCCCACCGCCACCUCCGUGUCCUCUCGGCAUCUCCCGGCAGCCCCGACUACGGGCUCGAGGAGUCCCGCUGGCUCCGGGAGGAGCAACGGUGGCUGCGCGAGGAGCAGCGGUGGCUCCGCGAGGAGCAGAGGUGGGCCCGCGAGAGGGAGUCCCUCCUCGGCGAAAUCGCCGGGCUGAAGCUCCGGGUUCAGGCCCUAGAGCGCGAAGUUCAGAUUCCGGGGGGCGAUCCGGGGGAGGUGGCGAACAUGGCCGCCCUGUUGCGGGCGUUGCAGGAGAGGAAUUUGAUAGCGGGGAGCGGGUCGAGCGCGAGUCCUUUGGUAUUGGAGGAGAAAAAGGAGGAAGAGGCGGUGGAGGAGAAAGCCGUGGGGGUUUCGCAAGGUGAAGCUAAAGAGGAAGAGAGCGAGAGUGAGGAGAGGAAGAAGAUGAGGAGGAGGGCACUGAGAGUAGGAGCUGAAGGAGAUGAGGUUCGAGCAAUGCAGGAAGCGCUUCAGAGGUUGGGAUUUUACUCGGGUGAAGAUGACCUGGAGUAUUCCACCUUCUCCAGCGGAACUGAGCGAGCUGUGAAAACUUGGCAAGCCUCAGUAGGUGCCAAAGAAGAUGGGGUAAUGACUGUAGAACUUUUGGAAAGGCUAUACUUCGGGAAAGAAGAUGGUGCAAAUGGAGCUGCAGCUUUAUCGGUGACAGAAAUGUCGGAAAUUCAGCAGACGCUUGUUAAACAAACUGAUUCAGAAGUCGAAGUAUCUCAACAUCGAGUCUUUCUACUUGGUGAGAAUCGUUGGGAGGAACCCAAAAGACUCGCCGGCAGAAAUAGACAAGAUAGUGAAAGCAAGAGUGGCAACAAAACGACAAAGUGCCUCGCUUGUAGAGGAGAGGGUCGCGUAAUGUGCACAGAAUGCGAUGGGACAGGGGAGCCAAACAUUGAACCACAGUUCAUGGAAUGGAUAGAUGAGGGAGCAACAUGCCCUUAUUGUGAAGGCCUCGGUCAUACAAUUUGCGACGUUUGCGAGGGGAAAACUGUGGUUUAGGCAGCAAUACUCAGUUUUGCUUAGUCCUUUCAGUUAUAUAGAGCAUCUUUUAUACGGAUGUAUUAGCUCCUGCCGAGCAAGCAUCAGUCGCUAUAGUAGACAGUAUCAUUGUCGAACUCAAGCUAUGGCUUGGCUCUGUGCUUUAUGACUGAUUCAAAGCCUAACAUCGAGCCUUGAUGAAGUCGUUUUUUGGGUUUCGAUGUAGAAUUGCUCGGGCACGUCGUGACGUCUAUUUUCAACUAAUUGUUCAGCUUGAACCUUCUCUGAACCAGGAGAAACAAAAGGGACGAAAUCGUUCUAAAAGU